UGGUAGUAUUCUUACCAUCUUUUCUAGUGGUUGGCACCUUGCGGCAAUUUUCCCGCUAAUUUUACUGUAGUAGGUUGUGAAAUUUUGUUUACAUGUCGGUGCAGUUGCUCGGCUCUUAGCAGCCACGUGUUUUAUAAAUCAUAUUUUCUGCUUCCCUCCUGAUCUGUGGUGUAGAUUAUGAUUUUAUGAUCUUCUUAUUCGCUCCAUAGAACGCAGAGUGUUCCGUUGUGGAGUGUUAGUGUUAGCUUUAUGACGUUUGGAUUGUUCGUUUGUUUCGCUCUUACAUCAGCAUGGAUGAACCUGCAUCUCUACAGACAGGACGAUCAAGGCGUCAGAAGAUUGAUAAAAAGGGGCGCUAUUCUGCUUUGGAGAAGCUGAAACAGUUGAAAGGGAGCAAGAACAAGUAUCACGUUGACGAGCUGGCCAACGUGUACGAAGAAGUCGAUGAGAGCGAGUACAGUAAAAAGGUUCAAGAACGUCAAAUCGAUGAUUGGAUUGUUGAUGAUGAUGGCAAUGGAUAUGUCGAGGAUGGUAGAGAGAUAUUUGAUGAUGAUUUGGACAGUGAGAGUAUUCAGCAAGCGUCACAGACGAAGGAAUCUGGACCUCGGAAAAAGAAGAGUAAUUCAAACAAAGGGAAAGGAAAUAUUAGGAACAUGCUCGUAGGAAUGCCCUCUAAGAAAGAGACCCAAGUGAAGCUGGAUGAUGAUGAUAUAUUGAACGACCUUAUGGCAGAAUUGAAAAGUGGUAAACAAGAUGUGCAGCCAAAGAAAACUCGUGAACCAAAUAAAUUUUUAGUCAGGCCUCACACCAAGUUACGGACAAAUGAAAAAAUAACGGUGCCACCCAAGUUGCAGAAGCCAUUGCUUAAUGUGGGAUCCGCCAGUCAGCAAAUAGAUGAUAACAGUGAAGACGAACAGCUGUUUGAUAUAGCUACCAGAAGUGAGAAGAGCAUGAAAAAGGAAACGGAUCUUAAAACUACAUCACAGUUCUGCCCAUCAUCCGUCAGUAUAAGUCAAGCGAUUGAUGAUGACAGUGAUAUCGAAACGCAAAAUUAUAGUUGUAAAAGUUCAGAAGCUCCUUUUCGAACUCUGGAAAAGGCAAAACCUAGUCACACAAAUCACAUAGUCGAUAGCAUGGAAGAGGACAUCAACCAUUAUACUGAUGAUUUAUCAAGUUUCGACUUUGAAGAUUCAAAUCAAGCAUUUACGGACACGUCGAAGACAACCAAAGCCUUGCAGCCAGAAUUAAAGGGAAAAACCGUAAAGCCGACAGUUACGAACGAGGAUAUGCUGAGUGAUUUAUGGGAUGAUGAUUUUGGAGAACAAAUAACGGAGAUGGAAAUAUCGGUUGAUAAUUCAAACCUUCCUUUACACGUCAAUGAAACAGGUGAAAAAAUAUUUAGAUUCUACUGGUGGGAUGCCUUCGAAGAUCCUUACAAACAACCUGGCGUGGUCUACUUGUUUGGCAAAGUUUAUAUUGAGACAGCUAAGGCCUAUGUUUCCUGUUGCAUUGUGGUCAAGAAUAUUGACAGGAGGAUCUACCUCCUACCGAGAGAACAUGUAAAACCUACAGACACUGCCGAGGAAUCAGAAACAAAAGCGAUUUCGAUGAUGGACGUUUAUAAAGAAUUUAACGAAUACGCAAACAAGAAUGGCAUCAAGGGUUUCCGCUCUUGUACAGUUACAAAGAGUUAUGCAUUUGAGAAAAAGGGUGUACCUAAAACAUCGGAAUACUUGGAAGUUAAAUACCCAGCCAAAGAUCCCGCUAUUGCUUCCAAUUAUAGUGGACCUACGAUUGAACAAGUGUUCGGAACAUCUGUCAAUGCUCUGGAGCUACUGCUGAUUGAGCGAAAAAUUAAAGGUCCUUGCUGGUUGGAUGUCAAAUGCCCAUUGCCUACCAAUAGUCCAGUCAGCUGGUGUAAAGUGGAGGUCAAUUGUUUGAAGGCGGAAAACAUAUCGGUAUCAAUAAGCAAAUAUAGCACUCCACCACCUCCGUUGAUUGUGGCAACACUUAAUGUGCGAAUAUCCUUCAAUACAAAAUCGCAGCAGAACGAAAUUGCCAUGAUAGGAGUUCUUCUGCAUAAUAAAUAUCAUAUUGACCAGCCAUCACCGAAGCCCCCGUUUGUACAGCAUUUUUGUUUGAUUACUAGACCAGAAGAUGCGGGCUGGGUAAUGUAUUCGAAAGAUUCUCUAAUCAGAAGAACCCAAACGGAAUUAAUUCACUGCGACAAAGAGCGAAACUUGCUUGAAGAACUAUUGAAUAGACUGCAAAAAGCAGAUCCAGACUUGUUAGUCGGAUGUGACUGCGGAUUUCAGUUUGAUGUUCUCAUGCACAGAAUGUUCAACUUGAGAAUACCAAACUGGAGCAGAGUUGGAAGGUUGAAGCGCACUCUACCUCCUAUGUACAAGGGCAAAGUUUUGAUAGGGCAAGUACUGAGUGGUCGGUUGCUUUGCGACAUCCAGACGUCAGCGAAAGAGUUAAACCUUAAAGUCAGGAGUUAUGAUUUGCAGUCACUUUGUACAAAUGUCUUGAAGGGGAAAGAAAAAGAUUGCAGAGAAAUUAAGCCAGAGGAUACCGCAAAGUAUUAUGCUAAUAUUGAUAAACUAGUGGAACUGGUGAGACUUACAAUGCUUGACGCAUCACGCAUUAUCAUGAUAAUGUUCGAACUCAACGUCAUGCCUCUAGCACUACAGAUCACUUGCAUUGCUGGAAAUAUUCUUUCGAGAACUCUGACCGCUGGCCGAGCCGAGAGAAACGAGUAUCUUUUGCUACACGCUUUUAAUGAUAGAGGCUAUAUUACACCUGAUAAACGAAACACUAAGGCAGAUAAGAACAACAUUGAAAAGGAUGAAAGUAAUUCUCGUAAAAAGAAAGCAGCCUAUGCGGGUGGUUUGGUUUUGGAACCUAAAAAAGGGUUUUACGACACUUUGAUUUUACUCAUGGACUUCAAUUCUUUGUAUCCAAGUAUCAUACAAGAGUAUAAUAUAUGCUUUACCACCGUUCCUGGAGCUGCCUACAGCGACAGUACAGAACUUUGUAUUCCUGAAACAUGUUUGGAGCCAGGAGUCAUUCCAACAGAAAUCCGUAAACUAGUCGAGAGCCGUGUCCAAGUUAAGAAUCUUAUGAAGGCAUCCAAUAUUUCUCCCGAAUUGCGAAUGCAGUACAACAUUAGGCAGUUGGCCCUUAAACUGACUGCCAAUUCUAUGUAUGGAUGUUUAGGAGCGACACAUUGCCGAUUUUACGCCAAGGGAUUGGCAGCAUUGGUCACAGCAAAAGGGCGAGAAAUCUUAAUUAAUACAAAAGAUUUAGUGGAGAGAUUGAACUAUCAAGUUAUCUAUGGUGACACUGAUUCGAUUAUGAUCAAUACAAAUGUUCUAGAUUAUGAACAAGUGUUUGCAAUUGGUAAACAAAUCAAACAAGAAGUGAACAAGCUUUACAAAAAAGUAGAAUUGGACAUUGAUGGUGUGUUCAAGUAUCUCUUGCUUUUGCAAAAGAAAAAAUACGCUGCAGUUACAAUGACUAAACUACCCAAUGGUCAGAUAGAAACGACGCAGGAACACAAGGGUUUAGAUAUAGUCAGGAGAGAUUGGUGCCAAUUAGCCUGUGAAGUAGGAAGGAAUGUACUGGACCAAUUGCUGUGUGAACAGCCAUUUGAUGCAAGGUUAGAAAAUAUAUUUGAAAUCUUGCGGGUUGUUUCAAAAUCGCUGAAGGAAGGUAAUGUUCCACUUUCGUCGCUUGUUAUAACAAAACAGUUAUCAAAGAAUCCAAGUGAUUAUCCAGACAAAAAACAAGCUCAUGUCAGUGUUGCUUUACGCUUAAAUGAGAAAGGCGGACGUAUGUGGAAGGCUGGCGAUACAGUACCGUACAUUAUUUGCGAGGACGGUACAGAUAAAUCUGCAACUGAAAGAGCGUACCAUGUUGACGAGUUGAAGAACAGCGAGACUUUGAAAAUAGAUGUCAACUACUAUUUACUUAGCCAGUUAUUCCCAGUCAUAAUGCGGAUUUGCGACCCCAUUGAUGGCAUUGACGACGUUUUGCUGUCAGAGCAUUUAGGUUUGGAGGGGAUCUAUAAACCAAAGCAGCACUUUGAGCAUGAGGAGGCAUUACCAUUGCUGGAUGAUGACAAAUUCAAAUAUUGUGACCACUUGAAAUUCGCAUGCCAAAAUGAAAUGUGUCGAACAGAAAUAACUAUGGAUGGGGCUUUUACAAAUACUCCCACUGGUUUGACGCCAGUGCUAUCAAAAUGCUCGAACACAGAUUGCUCCAUGGCUCCGUGGCAGUACUUACCAACCAUUCAAAAUCGGCUUCAACUAGCCAUCCGGGCUGCAAUCGACAAGUAUUACGAAGGCUGGAUGGAGUGUGAGGAUCCGGCAUGUUUUAACAAGACUCGAAGAGUUCCUCAACAGAUCUUUGGGAUACACCCAGUCUGUGACUUUUGUCAAAAGUGUGUCAUGUACAGAAUUUACACUGAAACCCAAUUGUACAACCAGAUCAGUUAUUACCACCAUAUACUAGACAUCAACAAACCAACAUACAAACAUUUAGGAUCGCAUCUUUCCACUGAUGUAAGGAAUGCGUACAACAUACUUAGGGAAUUCGUGGAAAAGCAAUUACGAAGCAGUGCUUAUUCGAUUGUUAAUCUGACGCAGCUGUUCUCAUAUCUUGAUUCCAACUGGACGAAGCAGAAGGGAAUGGCUGGACCACGAUUUUACAUAGAGGUCUCUCAACUCCGACGAUGAGGGUGAUGCUCUUGACCAAGUCAAAUUCUGUUGUUCAAUUUGAGGCCGCUAGAGGUGCUGCAUUCGAGGGGUAACACCAGUCAACAGGAAUUUUAAGUUUGGGUUCUAGACGUCAAAUUUUCAUUUCUUCCACGUAACUAAUAAAAGAAAAAAUAGAUUUAUUAGAUAAAGUUUGCGUUUGUAGAAACUAGAACGAUAUUUCGGAUUUUCAGAAAAAUUAGCUAUUUUCUCAAACAUUUAUUGUAAAUAACAAUCAAACAAACUUCAGUUCCACAUUUAAAUAACUUUUAUUAAAAAAU